CUCCUCUUGCCUCUCCACUUUUCUCGCCUACCAUAGCCACUCCUGACAAUCUGAAGCAAACCCAAUGGAAACGAGCCUCGACCACAACGAGACAAGAGAGCUUGAAGCUGCAGGACGAAAGAUGCCCAACACCCACCGCUUGUGCCUUUGGAUGCAAAUCUCGCACCCUCAAGCGACAAAUCGGCUCCGGUACCCGGCCCUGAAAUUGGAUCAGUGUCGAAGAGGUAGAAGAUCGAGGAUGCCGCCGACGAGAAAAGCACCGACGUCGAGGUCGCGAUUGAUGAUGCUGGUGACAGCAAGGAGGGCAGAGAGGAGGAGUGGAGUCAAGUGAUGUUGGAGCCCAAAGUCUGGUAGCCUAAAGACAAAGCAGGGGAGGAAUGUUUAGGGGUGUUCAAACGGUGUGGUUAUCGUGUUAAUUGUUUUAACCGGUAGUAUUUGGCUAAUUUGGUUUGAUUAGUUUGGAUAAUUGGUUUGGCUUGGUUAAAAAAUUACACUUGUUUGGUUUAGGUGGUUUGAUUUGGUUUCAGACACUCCUAAUCAAUCAAAAACAAAUUAAGCACUUAAGUAAUUAUUCACAAAUCUAAUAUAUUUUAUAUACACAUACUUGAUAUUUAGCAUAACCACUCAAUAGCCAAACAUUCAUUCCUUUUAGGCUCAUCAACAAUAAACCUUAAUAUUGUUC